AUACAUGAUCUAGGAAUGUGCUGCAGACCUCAGAAGCCAUUUUGAGAUGAUGUCCCUGUUGAGAAAUCCUAUGAAGAUGCUGAAAUCAACGAACAUGGUUACAUUUCUGUCUGUUUCUCCCUCCGUCUCCUCUAUUUCACCAUGGCAGCUGUCAACCGACGGGACAUUAGCAAAGCGGGGUAUCAAGCUGUGCUCACAGAGUUAAAACGUCAUUGAUAUGAAAGAGGAGAGUGUCUGUUUACUGUCUCUGUCGAGACAUGUAACACCGUGAGUUUUUUUCCAGUCUGAAAUCGUCCAGCAUUUCUCACAACCCAACGUCUCCUUGAGUGACUGAGUUAAUUCACUCUUGUACCGGAGAGAAAGGAGGCAGAUCCGUUUUCCAAUGGCUUCUGUGAGCCUUGUUUCCAGUCCCCCAGCCCCUGUUCUUGACAAAAACAUGACAGACUCUGAGCUUGCAGGGGAUGAAAGAGAGGAUGGUGAACUGGAAGAUGGAGAAAUAGAUGAUGAAGGGAUUGGAAUUGAAGAGGAAAACAAAGAGGCUACAGAGGUAAAUGAAGACAAAGAGAAGGAAAAGGAAAAAGACAAAGUUAAAGAGAAAGAAGAGAAGACUCACAGGCACUCCAGGAAAAGAUACAAAAAGACCAGAGAGAAGAGAAGGUCUAAAAGAAGGAGGCGUGACAGACAGAAACACCACUCCCCCUCCAGCAGCUCCAGCUCCGACAGUUAUGACUCUGACUACGACCGAGCAGAAAGGCCCAAAAACCGUAAGAGCCAGGGAUCUGAUGGCCAGUCCUCUCAGCAUGGACGGGAUUCAAAGGGAGGCCAUGGCAACUCGCAGAAGUCCCCGCCGCACAAGAGCAGUGAUUUUGACAAAUACAGCGACUACAGUGAUGACAAGUAUGACUAUGAUGAAGAGGAGGAUGAGUACGAAGGUGACAUGUCUGAGUAUCCGCAGUCAAAAGAUACAAUUUCCCAGAGUCAGGGAAGAGGACGCCAUGCUAAUGACCAGAUGAAGAGAGGAAGCAUGAGGGGGAUGAAACAACAGCAGUUUGGGCAGAGAGGAAGGGGCCGAGGGAGUGGACCAGGAAGAGGACGUGGGAUGCUUAACAAGAACAAGAAGCUUAAGGGCAAACCCUGGGGAGGACGGGGACGAGGUCGAGGAGGAGACCAGGGCAUGGAAGACAUGGUACUGGAAGGAAAAAAUUCCGGUUUUCAGAAGAAACGGCCAAUCAUGAGCAAAGAGUUUAUCAAUCAGCACACUGUCGAACACAACGGUAGAUACAUCUGCAAGUAUUUCCUGGAGGGUCGAUGCAUCAAGGGGGAACAGUGCAAGUUCGAACACGAGCUUGUCGUACCAGAUAAGAAAAAGGAACUUUGUAAAUUUUACCUCCAAGGAUACUGCAGUAAAGGAGAUAAUUGCAUAUACAUGCACAAUGAAUACCCGUGCAAGUUCUUUCAUACUGGAGCCAAAUGUUAUCAAGGGGACAACUGCAAAUUCUCCCACGAGGCUUUGAACGAUGUGACCAAAGGGUUGCUUGAUAAGAUUAUUAACACCGAAGAGGAGAACGCCCGCGAGGACGAGUUGGAGCUAGAGGAUCUGAGAAAGCAGGGCAUCGCCCCACUUCCGAAGCCUCCUCCUGGGGUGGGGUUGCUGCCCACUCCUGGUCAGAGCAGUCCUACAGAUGGAGCCUCUGGCCAAGCGGGGAAGAAGAUCCCCUCCCUGUUUGAAAUCAAGGUUCAACCUACUGUAGACUUGGCACAAAAAAUUUGUCUGAGUGGAUCCAACUUCUCCCAGAAUCAAGGUGAAUGCACCAAUCCGUUUAGUGGAGGCUCAGAGGACACACAGAGUGGAGGUAUGGUGCCUUCAGGCCUCUCUGCUCCUCCUAUUCCUCCCCCUGGAUCACCUGUUCCCAUGGGUCACCCCACUGGACCACCGAUGCCACAGAGCCCACCAGGACAGCACCCACCACACGGAUUUCCAAUGCACCCACCAAUCCCCCCUGGUCAACCCCCGCCCUUCCAUGGAAACCGACCCAAUAUCAACCCUCAGAUUAAUAUGCAGAGGCCUCCAUUCCCUCCCAUACCAGAUCUACAGAUGCUGCAAAAUCUCCUCCCUUUUCCAUCGUUGGGUCAGAACCCAGUAGAGUUCUUCAGCAACUUCCUCCGAAACCAGGCCAUGGGCCCACAAGGAGACCCUAGUCUGGCCUUCAUGCAGAACCUCCAACAGCAGACGGGUGCAGAGUCACAGUUGCAGUCUUUACCACCAGCAGUACAGAAGGCCAUCUUUUUACACCUGACACAGCAGCAGCAGCAGCAACAACAAGACUCACAUCCACAGGGAAGUGAGACACAGAGAGCAGAGGGCUUGGAUGAUAACAAUGCAAACAGAGAUGAAACUACAAACUGGUACUCAAGCGACGAGGAGGAUGGGAGCUGUGUUUCCUCCAUCCUUAAAUCUCUCAAGAAGCAGAAUGAGAUGCAUCAGUCUCAGUCUAAGCCCCCCCAGGCUUCCCCAGCUGCUCCAGCACUGGGCGACCCUCGGCUUGUGAAGGCCCCACCCAGUGACCCCCGUGUGAAGACUGACCCGCGACAGCGACCCCCAGAUAUGAAAAAGGAGUGCGAUGGAGCUGCGGACCCACGGUUCUCCAGAGACCCCAGGAAGAUGAGACCAAUGGAGCCUAGUUCUUACCGCCAGCAGAGCCACUCCGUUCCUAAGAAGCCUCCUACAGGAGAUGACGAUGAUGAAGGAGAGAGGGAGCUCAGGGACAAAGCUGUUCUCAUCCCUCUAGAUGCCAUCCCUGAUGUGGUACUGCGGGACCCUCGUUGCCAGUUAAAGCAGUUUAGCCACAUCCGGGUGGACAUCCUGCUCCAGCGGCCAGCCUUCGCUCAGACAGUGGUGUGGGCCCCUGAGGACCUCAUCCCUUCCCUGGUGCCCAAACAGGAACACUCCAUCAACCUGCCCCUUCCUCCCCUAAUUGCAGACGCUCAGAUGAACCGAACAAGCCUACCUGAUCAUCCCCCCAUCUCCAGCCCUCCACCAAUUGACCCCAGACUGGUAGCUGCACGUUUGAAGGAACGUAUGAGUCGCUUACCUUCUGGAUCUCUAGAGUCUCGGUCCUCCAUUGAAAGACCUGUAGAUCCGCGCCAGAAGAAGACUCUGGACCCCAGACUCAAGCGUACAGGAAGUCUGGACUCCAAGCUGCUGGGUCAGAAAGUGCCCUCCUCUGGGGGAGGAGUUGUGGACCCCAGACUACAGAAGGCCAGUGCUAGCUCCUCUCCUCAUGCUGUCCAAGUGAAGCCGGAGUCUGAGAGGCUGCCACCUUAUGCCCCUCGCUUGGCAUCCUCUGGUGGAGGGCUAGAGAGUCCCACUACAAUCCUUGGGGGCAUCAGUCUGUACGAUCCUCGUAAUCAAACCGAGCAGGCUCAGAAGGAGCAAGCAGAGACUCCCAAAAAGACACAGAUUUUGAAACUCGUAGCUAAGAAAGACAAUACUCCGCCACUCUCUCCAACCCAGCGAAGUGGCUCUUUUGAAGAAAUCAAAAGCACAGACAUUGCCUCAGACCAGCAUCCACCUUUCAGUUCUCCCACAGUGACUCCUGCCUCACCUGUCAAACCCCCUGCAGUUCAUAACCUCCCCAUCCAGGCACUAGCCGGGCUGAUCCGACCCCAGUACACUGACCCCAGGCAGGCCAAACUAGGAGGACAGAACUAUACAGGAGCACAAGAAGAGGCAGAAGAAAAGAAGCAAGAGGUAAAGAAGGAGCAGGAGGAGGCCAUGGAGGAAGAACCAAAACAUGACGACCCACAGGAGGAGGCAGACGACAGGACACUUAAAGAUGUGUUCAAGACUUUUGAUCCCACUGCUUCCCCUUUCUGUCAGUAAACAGAAAUAUAUAUAUAUAAAGUUGCAGAAGAUUUGUAUUUUGAUGAGACGUGUCUAUUCAUCUUUAUUUAGCUUUACAUGAACCUAUUUAUUUCUGUAUAUAAAUGAUCCUGUAUAGAAUCACAUACUAUCUAGUGCGCCACACAUUUGUCAGUAUGGAGAUGCUGCUAGAUAUGUGCACAGACACAGUGUAUAGUUACUUUUGACAGAAUCAUAUUAAUGCAGAAAUGUGUGUUUUUGAAAGUUUGUAUGUUAAGUCUUUUAUCAUUGUGUAAUUUUCAUGUAUGUUUUAAACAAUCAUAAAAAAAGGAAUUAUGUUAACGUCUGUAGCUUUUACUAAGGACUGACCCAAAUGGGUUAAUUACAUACACCCUGUAGAAAAGAUCAUCCACUCACUCACUUACUACAUGCAGAGAGAUAAUGCUGAAUAAUUGGUCAAAAAUAAGAAUUCCCUUGAGUUAGAAUUUUUGUAUUUCCUUAUUUAUUUCAAGACACUUUUAUAUUAAUAUACCUUUAUGUUCAUGCUCACUUUUAUGAUAAGGGCUAUUGUUUUCACAAUAAGUCAACAGAUGUUUUCUUGAAUAUUUAUAUUUUUUACCAACCACCCUGAUAUGAGUUUGUGAUUUGUCACGCUGAUCAGGUCAGAUAAUCAAAACAGAAAUUAAAUUCUCUACACAAUAUGAGACAGUUAUCUGCUUAGUUGAGAAAAAAA